AGGAAGGAGCCUAUGCAUGAGAGAGGAGGAGGGUAGACCAUGAAUACCAAAUAGACUUCUAGAGCAGCAGUAACCUUCGAAGGAACCUUGGAGCGUCCUGGGGAAUCCCAGUCCACUCUCCCCUUGCAGGCCAGCACCAUGCGGCUGAGAGGCGCCUCGGGGCUCCGUGCUGUCAGUGAGGAGGUGGUGGAAGCGGCGGCGGGAGAACCAGCUCUCGCCCGCCAGGGCUGGCUCUGAACCGAGCGCAGAUGCAGCCGCAGAGGACUGCAGCUAACGGCAGCCCGGGCCAGGACGAUGGAUGGGCGGAGGUUCGGGAGGAGCAGAGGCCGGCGAAGCAGUCACUGAGCACCUCGGUUUGCCGGGAGUCACACUGGAAGUGCCUGAUCCUCUCCCUCCUGAUGUACGGCUGCCUGGGGGCAGUGGCCUGGUGUCAGCUCACCCGGGUGACCAAGCUGCGCUUCGACAGCUCCCUGAAGGGCAAGUCCAUGAUCUACCACGACAGCCCGUGCUCCGACGGCUACGUCUACAUCCCGCUGGCCUUCCUGGCCAUGCUGUACGCCGUCUACCUGGUCGAGUGCUGGCACUGCCGCGCCCGCAGUGAGCUGCAGCACAAGGCGGACGUCGACAGCGUCUACGAGCGGAUCGGCCGCAUGCGGCGCGCGGCGCCCUGCAUCUGGUGGAAGGCGGUCAGCUACCACCUGGUGCGGCGCACGCGCCAGGUCACGCGCUACCGCCACGGGGACGCCUACACCAGCACGCAGGUGUACCACGAGCGCGUCAACACGCACGUGGCCGAGGCGGAGUUCGAGUACGCGCGCUGCGGCGUGCGCGACGUCUCCAAGGAGCUGCUGGGCCUCGAGCGGCACCCGGCCACCCGCCUGCGGUUCACCAAGUGCUUCAGCUUCGCCAACACCGAGUCGGAGAACAGCUACCUGAACCAGAGGGCGAGCUUCUUCAGCGAGAUCGAGGGCCUCGACGACUACAUGGAGGCCCGCGAGGGCAUGCAGCUCAGGAACGUCGACUUCAAGGACUCCAUGAUGGUGUACGUCGACCCCGACCGCCCGCCCUGGUACAUCUCGCCGUACGCCUUCUGGGCGGCCGGCCUGCUCAUGCUGUCCUGGCCGCUGCGGGUCCUGGUCGAGUACCGGACGGCCUACGUGCACUACCACGUGGAGAAGCUCUUCGGCCUGGAUUACUGCGCCGCGACGCCGACCGAGGAGGGCGGCGCGUACUCGCCGCCGGCGCCGCUGCCCCCCGCCCGGCUGGGCACGGUGGACAGCACCGAGCUCGAGUGGCACAUCCGCAGCAACCGGCAGCUCAUCCCCAGCUACUCGGAGGCCGUGCUGAUGGACCUGGCCUCGCUGUCCGUGUGCAACGGCUACUCGGCCUGCGGCGUGGUGCGGGCCGCCGACUGCGACGGUCGCUCCAGCAGCUCCUCCAUCUUCUCCCGCAACGUGUGCCGCAGCCAGUCGCGCUUCUCGCUGGACACCAGCCGCUUCUCGCUGUGCCGCCUGCACGGCUCCUGGCGGGCCGGCCUGUGGCACAGCCGCAGCAGCAACGUCAACGAGCGCUGCCGCGACGACCACUGCCGCUCGUACUCCAGCCAGCUGGCGAUCAGCGAGAGCCCGCCCAACUACCACGACGCCCGCUUCUUCCCGGUGCUGAUCGUCCACCGGCCGUGCCAGGCUCGUGAGGCGGACGGCCGCAGCAGCCUUUCAAUGGCUAUUGCAGGAACCUCACUGCAUGUGGAUGGUGCUGUCUUCAGUUUAACAAAUCAAAGCCCUUUCAACCUGCCUGUUUCAGUAAAGAAACUGUUCCUGCUAUGAUGACCCUAGUGACAGAUUGCAAAACAGGUACUGUGCUGGGAAAUCCAGGAGGUUUAAGGCGGCUCAUAAUUCUAAAUUUUAAAUUACCUUAAUUACUUGUUCAACAAGGUUUCCAGAUCCACCUUCAAUCUUGCCACAGGACUCCCUGCAAUAUCCCCGAUGGAU